AUGGCAGCCUCCGUGUUGAAGCGGUGUGUGACAGCAGCAGUCAAAGUUAAAUGUUUAUCUCCGUCUCUUGCAGCCAGAAGAUGGCUCCUCUCUGCAGCUUACACAGAUACCAAAGUGUGGGAGGCAAGACAGAACGAUCCUCACAACCUGGCUACACUGGCCAACGUCAUGGACAGGACAUAUGAAAGGAAUUUCCCAGUUAGCUCUCUGACUGUGUCACGGUUUGUUGACAACAUUUCAUCUCGAGAGGAGAUUGAUCAGGCGGAGUACUACCUUUACAAGUUUCGUCACAGUCCGAACUGUUGGUACCUGAGGGACUGGACCAUUCACAGCUGGAUCAGACAGUGUCUGAAAUAUGGAGCCAAGGAGAAGGCCCUGUAUACACUUAAGAACAAGGUCCAGUAUGGAAUAUUCCCAGAUGACUUCACCUUCAACCUGCUAAUAGAUUCUUACAUUAAGGACGGGGACUUUAAAAGUGCGUGCGCUGUGGUUGAAGAGGUGAUGCUUCAGGAGGCGUUCGACCUUCCCUCUACGCAGAUCUUGUCUCUGUACGCUUUGGGCACUUACCUCGCAGCCAGACCACAACUCACUGUGUCAGAGGAGCGGGCGUUGGGAGCAUCGCUGCUCAUCUGUGGAAUGAUACAAAACAACGCUGCAGGACUCAACGCUCAGCUACUCGGCAAUGCUCUCCUAGGGAAGGUGGAAAUGUUAAAGGGCAUACAUGCUGUCUUCAAAGGGAUGCCUCUCUUCUGGGGUCACGGCUAUCUGGAGCGAGCGCUGGCCGUCAUGGAGAGAGCUGCGUCUGGUGACGUCAAGCUGUCCAAAGACAUGCUUGACUACGUGAGCGACUUGCUGCAGGAGCUGUCCUCCACCUCAGACUCGGAUUCUUCUGGAGACGAGUCGGCAGGUGAGGAGGACAAGAAAGAAGACGCCGUAGAUGAGGACGAUCAGGCUGAGCAGGCUAAGCUGCCUCAGUAUGUUGACAGAUUUAAGGAACUGAGCAGCCAGCUGGAGUCUCAGGGCAAAGUGGACUCUGCCUCUUUCCAGGAUUUAGUGACCGCUCUGGCCCAGCAGAACCUGGCAGCUGCGGAGAAACUCGACUUGGAGCAGUACGUAAGCCGGGUGCAGGCAUGGGAGUCCGAAAAGAGACAGCUGAUCCAGAGAGAGAAGGAGAUGAGGGAGAAGGCCGAGCAGGAGAGACAGGAGAGGUUAGCCGCCAAGGCUGCAGCUCAGCAGGCGUAGAGACUGUCAGGAUUGAGCUGAAUCAAGAUCACUCAACUGUCCACUGAGUAUGUACAUUAAAAUUGUGUAUACUAAGGAGAUAAUUUGAGAUUCAUGUCUCUAAAACUUUGAAAAUAUUAACAUUGUCAACAUAACAUCUGCUUGUGUCACUAUUACUUUUGUAUUUGUUAAUUAUUGUGUGCUUGUGUGAAAAGUGUCGCUCUGUUUUAAUUGAAUUAAAUCGGGCAAAUCUAAAUA